CAUCUUCGUCUUCUUCCAGGUGUGGCCUGGACGACCGUUCAGCCGGGACCGGCACGAAAGUCGCGACACGCAAAUUAUUUGAGGGAUGAGGAUCUCGCCCUCAAAUGUCCACGGUGUGGCCGGGGUUACAAGGUCAAGCCCAGCCUGUCGAAACAUUUGAGGUACGAGUGCGGUGGCCGCAGGAACUUCAGGUGCGAGCUGUGCGGGCGCAGUUUCACGCAGAACGUCAGUCUGCGCCGUCACCUGAUGCAGAGCCACAACUUUUAUCAGCCGCCACAGAAGCAAUGCACUCGGAAGGUCGUCAAGUGAAGAGCUUACUGUCUCGCGUCAUCGAAGAUCGUAUCCGCUCUUGGAACGCGCGGCUGUCCCGGCUAGAUUCGUCAUCUCGGGAGCGGAAGUCUUGCGACGGCAUCUCUGUGAAGAGUGACUCAAGUGGGACACGCUUGUUUAAUGACUGUAUGACUUCCCGUGUCUUCUCGAAGAUUGUUAUUUGUAGCCUACGGUCGAAGAUUUUUAGCGCCACUUAGAAGAUUAAGUAAAACUUGUAACAGAUGUACACCCCAAACCACGCAGCAAUCCUACAUACGCACACUCGAAGAUCACCGCACGAAAAACACGAUUAUAAUAGUACAUCUUAUACAUGAUCCGACUCUUACAGAUCGUUAAUAAAGUAAAUGCCGAUAACACUUCGUGCCUAGAUCCACAAAUAUAGCAUACAUAUUAUCUAUAAUAGUAAACGUAACAAUAAAUCAGUCAACGAGACGCCAUGGUCGUUUGUUGCCUCUUCCCAAGAAUCUUCGCUCGAUGCGAGUGCCCGGCUGUCUUCCACUGAAGAUUAAUUUUUUAACGACCUUUAUGAUCUUUUGUAACAAUCUUUUUUUAAUAUUUGUUAUCGAUAAGGUAAACAUGGCGUUAAGGGGACCCACUUCCGAUGACCUUGAAUUUGACAUAUAUUGUCAAGGACACCCUCCCGAGUAACAUGCAAGUGAUUUUAAAAAAAGGUUGAAAAAUAUAGCAGCUAUUUUGAGUAUUGGAAGACAUAAAUGAUUAAUAUAUACGUCGAAAUAGUUCACACAUACACUUUUCACGCGAGACGAGUUGUCACAUAGGUUCGUGGCGUGCUUUACAAGCUCGUUUAUUGUAUAUCGCCACAAAUAUUCACACAGAUGAUCGACUAACUUAUCUUGUUUAAUACCUCUACCUAAACGAGCUUGUAAAGCGCGCCACGAACCCAUGUGGCCCCUCGUUUCGCGUGGUAAGUGCGGCAGUCCCUGUUUGUUUGAAAUUCUUCAUAUAUUUCCGACACAGAAUAUUUUUGUUAAAGCAGGCACACACACACGUGUGUAUGCCCUGCUUUAUAGAAGUUGUGAUUUUUGUUAAA